CCCUCCCCUCUCAGUGGAUGGGAUGGGCCAAACAGAAGGAGGUGGAUGGGGGAGAGAGAAAGCAUCAGCUGGACAUUGGAUUAACAAAUCUGUGCCACUACUUCGGCGUCCGCAUCAGAGAUAUAACAACCAGGGUAGCAAUCACCAUCAUUUUUUUUGUAGAAGAAGAAGUAAGUACUGCUUUUCGAUGCCCCUUGCUGUUACCGGUACUGUUGCUGCUACAAGGCUAACUUGAUUGAUUCAGGUGUCCCUGCAAUAUUGUCUCUGGCCGAGGUUUGCUGAAUAAAGAUGCACAUGGACUUGAAGAGACAAUCCACCACUAGAAUCAGAACAUGUGAAAAGCAGACGACCCAACUGAGACGGAGAAAGAAGUCCAUCCCCUAGUCGCAGGUGUGUGAGUUUGGGCAGACGGGGCCGGCGUGAGGCUAACCAGAGACUGUAAGUGGAGGAUGAGGCUAUUUUAAGACAUGGAGCAUCUUCUUAUUCUGCGCUGUGUGCGACGUUCAGACAGUUGGCCACUUUUUAGCGAACCCUAGUAUUGAUGCAGGGGGCCAAACAAGCCAUGACAACAAUGCCCUCGUUCCCAUGACAGGAGUGUGCCAGCAUGCCAAAACAGCAUAAAUGAGUCUCAAUUUCCGCAAACCAAUCUGGGAACUCCUGCAGUUCAACAAUGUAGCCGCUGUAGGUGACCUUUAUGGGGCCCAUGAUUCACAACGUUGUGAGCACCGUCAGCAUGGAAGAGCACACCACCUCCAUGCUUUGGAUCUAUGUCAACGCCACGGAAUGGCUGAACACCUCGUACGACUACAACGCCACGACUGAAAACCCGGACACGUACCCGUACUACGUGAUCGGCCUCUUCCUGUCCUGCCUUUACACCAUCCUCCUCUUCCCCAUCGGCUUCAUCGGCAACAUCCUCAUCCUGGUGGUCAACCUGAACCACCGCGAGCGCAUGACCAUCCCCGACCUCUACUUCGUCAACCUGGCCCUGGCCGACCUCAUCCUGGUGGCCGACUCGCUCAUCGAGGUGUUCAACCUCAACGAGAAGUACUACGACUACGCCGUCCUCUGCACCUUCAUGUCCCUCUUCCUGCAGGUCAACAUGUACAGCAGCAUCUUCUUCCUGACGUGGAUGAGCUUCGACCGCUACGUGGCGCUGGCCGGCACCCUCAGCAGCAGCCCCCUGCGGACCAUGCGCCACGCAAAGCUCAGCUGCGGCCUCAUCUGGACGGCGUCGCUGCUGGCCACGCUGCUGCCCUUCGCCAUCGUGCAGACGCAGCACAACGGCGAGGUUCACUUCUGCUUCGCCAACGUGUCGGAGAUCCAGUGGCUGGAGGUGACCAUCGGCUUCCUGGUGCCCUUCUCCGUCAUCGGCCUGUGCUACUCCCUGAUCGUGCGCGUCCUCAUGAAGGCCCAGAAGCACCGGGGGCUGUGGCCACGACGGCAGAAGGCCCUGCGCAUGAUCCUGGUGGUGGUGCUAGUGUUCUUCAUCUGCUGGCUGCCGGAGAACGUGUUCAUCAGCAUCCAGCUGCUGCAGGGCGCCGCCGACCCAGACCAGCCGACCGUCCCCACGCUGUGGCACCACUACCCGCUCACGGGCCACAUCGUGAACCUGGCGGCGUUCUCCAACAGCUGCCUGAACCCCAUCAUCUACAGCUUCCUCGGCGAGACCUUCCGGGAUAAGCUGCGGCUCUUUAUUAAGCGUAAAGCCAGCUGGUCCGUGCUUAACCGCUUCUGUCAACACACGCUCGACUUACACCUUCCUGUGAGGAGCGAGGUGUCCGAGGUGUGAGUCCCUAGGGUGCAAAGAGCGAGAACUGGAAUGAAGUGAAUGAAACUGUGGAUUAAAGUGACAAUUAAAGACACCUUAAGGACAAAGCUCUGUUUUCUGGAGUAACAAAAGCAUUUUUUGUUCUUCAUUAAAAGGAACCCGAUUUGGAACAUGUCGCUUUCUUUUAUUGCAUCCUAAAUCAUCGAAGAGCCUUGAUGAAAAUGCACAAAUGUUAGCUGGCAGCUAACCAUGAAUGCUUUAUUCACUGCUAUGUGAAGCUAAAAAGCAAAUAGAAACAGUUAACAAGAUAAGAUAGCACAAGAUGAUCUCAUUCUUGUUAUUGUACUACAGAAACGGAAUCGGUAUAAGCUACUGUAUUUCUAAAAAUGUUUCCAUUGGACAAAGUGCAAAUGUCAAAGUAUCCCCUAGGUAUAUAAAGGUUGCCUACAACAAUUAAUAAUA